AUGGAUCCUCACAAAGAAAUUCUGAAGAAAAUUGAAGCACAAACCCUCAAUAUUGCCCAGCUUACAUUUGAAAAUUUACUUGAAGCAAGCUUUAAAUCAAUUACAACAUUGACUGAAAGCAUUAAAUGAAACAGAAACCAAAGACUUGAAUCUAAUGAAUAUUUAGCAGAAUCAGUUUUACAAAAACAUGAUAUCAUUGAGGAAUUAAGCAAUGUUACUAAUACUCAGCAGCGUGAAAUAGAAUCACUCCAAAAUGAUAUUGACCAAGCCGAUGAGUUGAUAUAUUACAAAACUGAAGAAAAUAAGCACAUCAACAAAAGGGUAGAUCAGCUAAGCACAGAGGUUGUUUCACUAAAGAAAAAUAAUAAAAAUAUGAAGCUAAUGGGUGCUGAAAAAGAAAAAGCAAUAAAAGGUUUAGAAGCUAAACUUGAUAAGGAAAGUGCAGAAAAGCAAAAAAUAAUCAAGAAUUUAGAAGCAAGAAUAAAUCAACUAGAAUCAAAAUUAGAUCAGGGGCAAGCAACAAUCAAACAUUUAGAGGAAAAACUGAAUAAAGAAAAUGCUGAUAAGCAAGCAAUAAUCGAGCAAUUGGAUAAGGAAAAAGUAGAUAAGGAAGCAAUAAUCGAAAAAUUGGAUAAGUGCAAAAAAAGAAUCAAGCAUUUAGAAGCGAAAUUUGAUAUGGAAAAUGCAGAUCAUCAAGCAAAUAUGAAGUCAUUAGUGGAAAAAGAUAAGAAAAAAGAUAUACAAAUUUCCCACUUAGAAGCAAAGCUGAAAAAAUCUAGUAAAAAAUCCAAAUCUCAAGAUGAAAAAAUCAUUGAUCAGCAAGCCCUAAUAGUUAAUCAGAAUGCCAAAAUCUCUGAGCUGCAAGCCCGAAUGACUAAGCAGGAUGAUACUAUAAAUGAAUUAGUUCAGGAAGUUCGAAGGACGAAUCAAAUAUGACUAAAAAGUGAAGAAGAGAAAAGUCAAGGUGCCUUUCUUGCUCUUGCACCUCUAACUUUGAGGGAAACGUUUAGAACUCUAAAGAAUUACUUAUUGAAAUUCUUUAAUAGAAAAUGCCAAACGACCAUAGAUGCACAAUUGUCUUUCAAUAGCUUAUAUGCUGUGAAACAGUUUUUAUUGCAGCAAGGAAACGAAAAUUCCUAUCAUCAAUGGAUGAAUGAAGUGUUAUCUCAAUUUGAUAUUGAUGAAGAGAAGUUCAAUAACUGCAAGGGGUUAAACAAGGUGAUGAAUAAAGAAGUUCAUUGGGAAGGUUUGCUAACAUACAGAGCCUUAUACGAAAUUGGAGAAACCAUAAAAAUCCCAGCCGCAAAGAAGCUUUAUGAAAUAUUAAAAGGUUUUAUUCUGUUUCAGAAAGGAAAAGAAGAAGGCACUAAUUAA